GUCUCUUACACUGCCCAAGAGUUUCUGGACUCACCCUCUGCUGACAGACUCCUGGGGCUGGGGAAGGAACGGGCACAGCUACUGGUCAAGGAACUGGGGGACAGUUUGGAUGAUGCUGACUGUGCUGCCAGCAGUCUGAUGAAGGUGGCUUCAAUAGUGACUGAUGACACAGCAGUUAAAAGUGCUGCUUUCCAGUGUGCAGAUGCCAUUCUGACCAGAAGUCUGCAAUCUGAAGAGAGUCAACCCACCCUGAUUGCCAACGGCCUCCUUGUACACAUGGGACUGCUAAAG